UAUAUACUACUGGAAAUGGGGACUGAGCAGCAUAUAUCACUAGCAUCCAACUGCCAAUUUCAGACACUGGCUGUUGCCAUAGCAGUAGUUGCUCGAAUUAUCAAAUCCUGCAUAUUAGAAGAAUCUGGAAUCAAUAUAGAUAGAAGAAACAUGAGAGUACUCAUUGCAGCUUCCUUCCUUCUUGUGCUCGUUUCUUCCGUAGAUGCCUAUGAUCCGUUGGAUCCAAAUGGGAACAUAACGAUAAAAUGGGAUGUAAUGUCUUGGACACCAGAUGGCUAUGUGGCUGUUGUGACGAUGAACAAUUUCCAAAUGUACCGGCACAUUAUGAGCCCUGGUUGGACCGUUGGAUGGACGUGGGCGAAGAAAGAGGUGAUAUGGUCGAUGGUUGGUGCACAGGCCACAGAACAAGGCGACUGCUCCAAGUUCAAAGGCAACAUCCCUCAUUGCUGCAAGAAAACCCCAACAGUUGUGGACUUGCUCCCUGGAGUCCCUUACAACCAGCAAUUCAGCAACUGUUGCAAAGGCGGAGUUCUGGCCGCCUGGGGCCAAGACCCUCAGGCUUCUGUCUCUGCAUUCCAAGUCAGCGUUGGCCAAGCCGGGACUUCAAACAAGACGGUAAAGCUACCGAAAAACUUCACUCUUUUAGGCCCUGGACCAGGAUACACUUGUGGCCCUGCCAAGAUUGUGCCUCCCACAAAUUUUCUCACCCCCGAUCGUCGUAGGAAAACUCAGGCCCUGAUGACAUGGAAUGUUACAUGCACGUACUCUCAGUUUCUAGCCCGGAAGCAUCCCAGCUGUUGCGUCUCUUUCUCAUCUUUCUACAAUGAAACAAUCACGUCUUGCCCUUCUUGCGCUUGUGGCUGUGAGAACAAAAACAAAUGCAUCAAGAGUGAUUCCAAACUCCUGAGUGUGGUGGGAGUGAAUACUCCAAGAAAAGAUAACACGCCUCUGAUACAGUGCACGCACCAUAUGUGCCCUGUCCGGGUGCAUUGGCAUGUAAAGGUCAAUUACAAGGACUACUGGCGGGUAAAGAUCGCCGUUACUAACUUUAACUACCGGAUGAACUACACGCAGUGGACUCUUGUCGUUCAGCACCCAAAUCUCAACAAUGUGACUCAAGUUUUUAGCUUCGAUUAUAAGCCUCUUGUUCCGUAUGGCUCCAUCAAUGAUACAGGGAUGUUUUAUGGCAUGAAAUUCUACAAUGACCUGUUAAUGGAAGCCGGGCCGUUCGGAAAUGUUCAGUCAGAAGUACUUCUUCAGAAGGAUCAGAAUACAUUUACUCUCAAGCAAGGAUGGGCUUUCCCCCGGAAAGUCUACUUCAACGGGGAGGAGUGUAUGCUGCCCCCACCGGAUGCUUAUCCAUUUCUACCAAAUUCUGCUCAUCUGAGUCGAGCUUUUAUUUCUGUAUCGAUGUUCUCUAUUGUAGUUUUGUCUCUCAUUAUGAUGUGGUGAUGAGUUUUGAUCGUACUGGAAAUUUUGAAGCUUUAAGGACACCGGUGCAGAUGAACUCAAAAGUACAGGUAUAUUAGUCACUUGAGCUUGUGAAAAAUAAGAAAAUGUCCAUGAAAUGUCAAUUUGCACUACAAUUAUUUUGCCAUAUGCAGUUAGUUUAGACGGUUGUCAUAGUCAUGAUAGGAUCUGAAGCCUGUAAAAGAAUAAUUUUGGUGCAAUCCAAUCGGCUGUAACUAUCAAAUUGUUCUGAUGCUCAUACAAUUCUAUUGAACAGUGACUCAAGAAACUAUGAACAAUGGCAUAGGAAAGAAGUAUAAAGCAUCUUUUAUACACCUAAAGAGAAAAGAAUGGCAGCAUCACCAACAUUACAGUAAGCAGGAACUCUUAUGCUCCUCUCAAAUUUGUCCACCUGAAUUCAUAUGGAUAUGUAAAGGGUCACUUUUAGGGUAUUUAAGUCCUUCAAGUUUCUCUCCAGAUCCAGAAUUGAAAUGUACUACGGUGAUGGCCAUACACACAGAAUUUCUCCUAUUUGAGGAUGGAAGAUU